AAAAAAAUUGGAAUUAGCAAAAGACUGCAUCGAGUCCGCGUGAGUGGGCGCGAGAGAAAUAAUGGCGGAAGCUUUCAAACUAGGGUUUGUGGGAGCGGGGAACAUGGCGGAGAGCAUCGCCCGCGGCGUCGCCAAGUCCGGCGUCCUCCCUCCGGCGAGCAUCCGCACCUCCCACCGCCGCUCCGAUCGCCGUGACGCCUUCCGAUCUUUCGGCGUCGAGAUCGUUGAGACCAAUUCGCAGGUAGUUGACCGCAGCGAUAUAAUUAUUCUCUCCGUGAAGCCUCAAAUGGUAAAAAGUGUGCUGUUGGAGCUGAAGCCCUCCUUCUCAGAGGAGAAAGUUCUGGUGUCAGUUGCUGCAGGAAUCAAAUUAAAAGAGUUGCAGGAAUGGUCUGGUCAUCGACGAGUGAUCAGGGUCAUGCCAAAUACUCCUUCAGCUGUUGGUCAGGCAGCAUCAGUUAUGUGCAUGGCUGAGAUGGCAACAAAGAAAGAUGAAGAACGUGUAUCUAGUUUGUUUGGUGCAAUUGGAAAGAUAUGGACAGCUGACGAAAAGUAUUUUGAUGCUGUGACUGGUCUGAGUGGAAGUGGCCCAGCAUACAUAUUUUUAACAAUUGAAGCACUGGCUGAUGGUGGCGUGGCUGCUGGUCUUCCGCGCGAUCUUGCUCUUGGCCUGGCAUCUCAGACUGUUUUAGGAGCUGCUACCAUGGUUACAAAUACAGGAAAGCACCCUGGUCAGCUGAAAGAUGCAGUUACGUCUCCAGCAGGGACUACCAUCGCAGGGGUCCACGAGUUGGAAAAGGGUGCAUAUCGUGGAACUCUGAUCAAUGCUGUUGUUGCUGCCUCAAAAAGAUCCCGAGAAUUAUCACAAACAUAGUUCCGUGCAAUUUAUUUACCCAUGUACCCACUGUUUAAUUGCUAGAGGUUUAUUUCAAUAAGUCGGAUUGAGAGCUCCUUAAUGAAACUAUUUGAGUAGUAUAUUAUGCUAGUAAGGAAAUAUUGUCUUUUGAGGCAUAGCAAAGUUCAUUUUGUCGCAAAUAAUAUCUACACAGUAGUACAACUCAUUCAUCUCCUUUUCUAUUCACCUCACGGGUGUUUGUAUGUGCAAAUAUAUGCGUUCAUUGUGUAUG